AUGAAGACUUCCGCCAUCAAAUUCGCGCUCUUUGCGCUUGCUGGACUUGCGUCUGCCGCUCCUCAGGGCGUGAUCGGUUCUCUUCUGGGAGGUGGCAGCAAGCCCAUUCCUCCUUCCGAUGAUCCCUUCUACACACCACCUGCUGGUUUCGAGUCUGCGAAGCCUGGAGCGAUUUUGAGGAGCCGGGCAGUUCCCAGUGCUCUUUCGCUAUUCCAAACCAUUCCUCUCAACCUGAAGGGCGCCUGGCAGCUUCUGUACAGGACUACCGAUUCUCUCGGCAACCCUGUAGCCACAGUCACCACUGUGCUCGUGCCAAAGAACGCCAACACCAAGAAAUUGCUUUCAUACCAGGUUGCCGAGGACAGUGGCGGCGAGAUCAACUGCGCGCCAUCCUACACCCUUCAGACUGGAUCCAACACCACAUAUGCUGGAACUGGAGGUAUUGAAGCAGCACUGAUGGCCGCUGCGCUCAACCAAGGUUGGAUCGUGAACUCCCCAGACUGGGAGGGCCCCAAAUCUACUUUCGUCGCUGGACUUCAAGCUGGUUACGCAACUUUGGAUGGUAUCCGUGCAGCACUUGCAUCUGGAUCUACCACUAGCGUCUCGUCCGACGCGAAGGUCCAGAUGUGGGGUUACAGUGGCGGUGCUCUUGCUUCCGAGUGGGCCGCCGAGCUCCAGACCAAAUAUGCCCCGGAGAUCCCCUUUGUCGGAAUGGCCAUUGGUGGCGUGACCCCCAACGUCGAGAAUGUCUUUAACACCAUCAACAAGGGUCUCUUUGCCGGUCUCAGUGCCGCUGGAUUCUUGGGCUUGGGUAAUGCUUAUCCCGACUUCGGCGCUUUCGUCCAGCAGAGCUUGGUGCCGGAGAAGGCCGAUGCCUUCAACCAGGCCGGCCGACAGUGCUUCUACGCCGACGUGAAGACUUAUGCUGGCCAGGAUAUCUUCACAUACUUCAAGCAGGGACAGGCCAUUUUCAGGGACCCUAUCGCUGAGCGUACCAUCAAGGCCGGAGCAACCAUGGGUGUUACUGGUACCCCACAGAUGCCAAUCUUCGUCUACAAGUCUGUGAACGAUGAGAUCUCGCCCAUCGCUGACACCGACAAGCUUGUGCAGCAGUUCUGCAACGCAGGCGUGUCGAUCGAGUACGUCCGCGACAACUUUGGCGAGCACUUCACCCAGGCCGCGACCAGCACCGGCGAUGUCCUCAACUUCCUGACAGACCGUUUCAACGGUGUUCCGACUUCUGGCUGCAAGACGCGAACUGUAUUCAACAACGCUCUUGACCCCGGUGCGCCGGGCACUCUUGGUGUUGCGCUGACUAUGGUUCUGCUGAACGCCCUCGGUGUGCCUCUUGGACCCAACCACUUCUAA